AUGAUUACAGAAGAUAAUGUUAAUACGGCUCGAUCAAUAGCACUUAAAUGUGGUAUUAUAUCAUCGAAUGAUGAUUAUCUAAUACUCGAAGGAAAAGAAUUUAAUCAACGCAUAAGAUCAAGACCAGAUGGAAAAGCAAAGACAAAUUUUGAAAAAAUUUUCUGUGUUUUUUUAUUUUUAAUUGAAGUUGAACCAAAUUUACGUAUAUUAGCUCGUUCAUCACCACAAGAUAAAUAUGUACUUGUGAGAGGUAUUAUGGCAUCAAAAAUCAAAUCAACACGUGAAGUUGUUACUGUUGCUGGUUUUGAAAGCAGCUGA